UCCAACAGGAGGAUGCCAGCCAGUCCAUCCAGGCCUAGUCCUCUGUGAGUUUAUUCCCACCUCCCCCAAACAUUUGGAAAUGGAUGUCUUGACUCAUUGGUGCAUUCCCAAGUUUUACUGCCACACAUCUUUUUCUUUGAACGGAACUGGCGUUUUGCAAGAAAUAGACCAAGUAUCAGUGGGAGUCACGGCAAAUCCCUGUUCCACGCUGUGAUGGGUGAAACCCUGGGAGAUCUUCUUAUUGACCCAGAGAGCGAGCCCUUUGCUGUCACAGUGUCUGCAAGUGCCGCACAAGAAAUUACCAUGGUUGACACAGAGAUGCCGUUUUGGCCCACCAACUUUGGGAUCAGCUCCGUGGACCUUUCUAUGAUGGAUGACCACUCCCAUGCCUUUGACAUCAAGCCCUUCACCACCGUUGACUUCUCCAGCAUUUCCGCUCCGCACUACGAGGACAUUCCAUUCCCAAGAGCUGACCCGAUGGUUGCAGAUUAUAAGUAUGACCUGAAGCUCCAAGAGUACCAAAGUGCAAUCAAAGUGGAGCCUGUGUCCCCACCUUACUAUUCUGAAAAGACUCAGCUGUACAGUAAGCCUCAUGAAGAGCCUUCCAGUUCCCUCAUGGCCAUUGAGUGCCGGGUCUGUGGGGAUAAAGCUUCAGGGUUCCACUAUGGAGUUCAUGCUUGUGAAGGAUGCAAGGGUUUCUUCCGGAGGACAAUCAGAUUGAAACUUAUUUAUGAUAGGUGUGAUCUUAACUGUCGGAUCCACAAGAAAAGUAGAAAUAAAUGUCAGUACUGUCGGUUUCAGAAGUGCCUUGCUGUGGGGAUGUCUCAUAAUGCCAUCAGGUUUGGGCGCAUGCCCCAGGCCGAGAAGGAGAAGCUGUUGGCGGAGAUCUCCAGCGAUAUCGACCAACUGAACCCAGAGUCUGCUGACCUCCGGGCCCUGGCAAAGCAUUUGUAUGACUCCUACAUUAAGUCCUUCCCGCUGACCAAAGCGAAGGCGAGGGCGAUCUUGACGGGAAAGACGACAGACAAAUCACCAUUUGUUAUCUAUGACAUGAACUCCUUAAUGAUGGGAGAAGAUAAAAUCAAAUUCAAGCACAUCAGUCCCCUGCAGGAGCCCAGCAAAGAGGUGGCCAUCCGCAUCUUCCAGGGCUGCCAGUUCCGCUCCGUGGAAGCCGUGCAGGAGAUCACAGAGUACGCCAAGAGUAUCCCCGGCUUUGUGAACCUCGACUUGAACGACCAAGUGACGCUCCUAAAAUACGGCGUGCACGAGAUCAUUUACACGAUGCUGGCCUCCUUGAUGAAUAAGGAUGGGGUCCUCAUAUCCGAGGGCCAAGGAUUCAUGACACGGGAGUUUCUAAAGAGCCUGCGAAAGCCCUUUGGUGACUUUAUGGAGCCCAAGUUCGAGUUUGCUGUGAAGUUCAACGCACUGGAAUUAGAUGACAGCGACUUAGCAAUAUUUAUAGCUGUCAUUAUUCUCAGUGGAGAGGAGACAAUCGAGGCGCAGUGAGCUUCAUCAGCCCGCCCAGGGUCACAGAGCCGGUUAGUGAGAGCUGCUCGAAGCAGAGCACACCCGCUUUUCCCACUCUCCUGCUCUGUCUUUGCCUUGACUGAGGCCCAGUAAGGGCGACAGUGAGACACAUCAGUAAGUGAUCUAACUCGCCACUAGAGAAAACAUAAAUCAGUGACCACAGAAUUUCAGCCAAAGUUUGUCCGUCACAUCAUAAAAAAAAAAAAAAAAACCUUGCCAGGGAGAGGCUUGCAAAUCCAAACCAGAUCCUUCUCCCCUCCUAGAGACGACAGUUGCACUGCACUGCGCGGCGGCCAAGCGUUUCCAGCAAGCGCCCUCAGCUGCAUUUGAGGCUUUAGCUUAUUUGAACUGUCACGAUAAAUGAAACCUAGUAGAUGAACAUCAUCUCCACUGCAGAAGCUUUGACCCCCGGAUGCUGCUCUGGAGGAAGGGGAGCGGGACUAAGGAGUCAGGCUGCCUGUGAGCAGAGGGUCCUGCGUUACGCGUGUGCGGUCCCAGCCCACGGAGGAGCCGCACCGACUCUUCCACACAGGGCGCUGCCACUUGCGACGCACAGCGUGUGCUGUCCAGACCUUCGAAAUCUGGCACAUCUGUUUGGGGGCAGGAUUGGCAGCCUUUGAACCAAAGGCACCGAUCCAGGAUCUGCUCUUCCUUGAAGUGUCAGGGGGUUUCAUUAUUGCAUAGCAACUGUGAGAAAGGAUGACUCCUCCAGGGGCGUGAGUCUCUAGGCCAGGACUGAAUCAUCUGUUUCAUUCUCAGAAUCAGAGAUUCUUGCUGAUGGCUCCAAAAUUAAGUGCUGAAAUUAAACAGAAAAAAAAUUA